GCUGAGUGUUAUCCAAUCACAGGGCAGAAGGGGCUGAACACAGGAAAUUAAACCUUUCAUAAGUGAUGGACCUGCGGUAAAGUACAUGAGACUCUCAACAGAUGUCCGCGGAAAUGGUCUGAACAUCCAGGACGAGUGGGAAGGGCGUUUCAUGAUACUUACUCUGAACCAAAUGACAAACUAAAAAGGGAUCUGUCUUUGUGUCCAAUCUCCCCUGGUAAGAAUGAAGGGGUUAUUGCUGAUAGAGCCACUGGUAGCCUUCUAUGCUUUCGCCAGUUUCCUGGUCUAUCCUCUGGUACCGCAGUAUGUCUACAGGAGGCUAUGGCAGGAUAUAACCAACACCACCUACCCUGUUUCUGACAACACAUCACGCUGCGAUCCCUCCAACACCAGCAGCCACAAUGAGGAGGUGCAGAAGGCGGCGUCUCUCUUCUCCCUCUACACCGAGCUCAUCUCCAUUAUCCCCUCUCUGGCCGUCACCUUCAUCCUCGUUGCCUACAGCGAUCAGGGCGGACGCAAGAUCACCAUCAUCCUGCCUCUGAUUGGUUCUCUGUUCUACGUGCUGUCCUUCCUGGCAGUCUCCUUCUUCGAGCUUAACCUCUACCUCCUCAUCGUCUCGUCGUUCGUCAGCGCCCUGUUCGGGGGCUCGGGGACGUUCCUGGGUGGCUGUUUCUCCUACAUCACUGACCUGUGUGAGGACGGACAGCAGAAGACCCUGCGUAUGGCCGGGAUAGACAUGGUGAUCGGCCUGCUGUCUGGAGUGGCCUCUCUCUCUACGGGAUACUUCCUCCGAGCAGCAGGCUUCAACUGGCCCUUCUUCACCUCUGCUCUGUUCCUGUGUUUCAACCUGCUCUAUGCUGUCUUCAUCCUGGAGGAGACGCUCCAACGACCCCUGGACGCCCCCCUGGACGGCUCCCUGCGUCGCACCGCCAUGCAUCAGCUGGCCUACGGGGCCUACCAACUGUUUGCAGGGGCCAGCAGGAGGCGUAACGUCCUUCUGAUGCUUCUCCUGCUCCUCUUCGGCUCCUUCUCCUUCGCCAACAUGGGCGGGCACUCCAUGAUCACACUGUACGAGCUCAACCAGCCGCUGUGCUGGAGCGAGAUCCUAAUUGGCUACGGCUCUGCGCUGUCCAUGACGAUGUUCCUAACCAGCUUCGUGGGUGUGACGGUGUUCUCUCGCUGCGGCAUGCCCAACAUCGUCAUCAUUCUCAUAGGGAUACUGAGUGUCAUGGCGGGUAUGACCCUGGUGGCCUUCGCCAAGACCACGCUCAUGAUGUUCCUGGUCAGGCUUCCAAUGCUUCUGGCCAUCAUGCCAUUCCCCGUGCUGAGAUCCAUGAUGUCGAAGAUCGUGUCAAAGACCGAGCAGGGAGCGUUGUUUGCGUGCUUGGCGUGCCUGGACAGUGUGAACAACAGUGUGGCGAUAGCUGUGUUCAGUAGUCUCUACGCUGCCACGGUAACCUGGUACCCUGGAUUCUGCUUCCUGUUGUCUGCUGGACUCUGUGUCAUCCCCUUGGUCCUGCUAGUGAUUGUGGGGCUGCUGGGGGUGGAUGAAAGUAAGGAGGCAGAGGUCCUCAUCCCAGAAGAGGAAGGCCUGGCCGGAGACGAUGACCCUCUCCUCACCUGAGGCUGGGUGACAGGUAGCGGUUGGGCCAGUAACCAAAAGGUCCUUGGUUCAAAUCAUCGAGCCGGCAAGGUGGAAAAAUCGAAUGUCGAAUGUGUCCUUGAGGUUGCUCUGAAAAAGAGAGUCCGCUAAAGUGAACUUUUGUUUGUUGGGCGUCGGAAUCACAGGUGUUGCUUUUGGUUUGAUUUCCCGUAGCCUCUUUUUCUCAGCGUCAAUUUCUCUGUGAAGUAAAGGCCGCGUUUUAAUUAAAUACAAUUCUUCUGAUCUUCUGAUCUCUCACGGUGGAAUACUUAG